UCUAAAUGUAUUAAAUUAAUUAAACAGAUCAGCAGUCUAAAGGGGCGCUGCUGGGGAUCUGCAUACAAUAGCUGCGUUUAUAGAUAGAGACAGUUCUUUCCUAGCCCCUCCAAUCCAAAUCUCUUCUCCCAAACUUGCCCCCUCUUUAGAAUCUGAGCCUACAACUGGAGUUUAGUUUGAUUUGUUUGCACGAGGUCAAACAGCAAUCGAUUCGCGGGCUGGGGGUCGUUAUCAGCACUAAAGUGGGGACAGGAGCCCUGGUCGGGUGGCAAGCCGCUUUGCUGAACGUGUAACCCCUUGAUGAUGUAGGGUAGUUGGGGGAGGGCUGAAUGUCACGAUCAAGUACAAAGUUAUUCACUUUAACUUGAGCGUGCAAGUGGCCCGAACCCCAGCGAGGCGGGGAUCAGAUUCUACGUUGCGCGUGCACGAGACAGGAGGCAAAGGCCUCGGUGUGGCCGAAGUCUGCAGGAGGGAUCUCUCGGCUUUGCUGAGCUCCUGAGUUAACUCUUCCUAGCCUUUGUGCCGCUCCCCAGGCUCGGCUGUUACUUUAGCAGCCCUGCUGGGGGGACGGGAGCGGAGUUUCAUUUGCUUCCUUCAUCAAUGUGCCCCGAAAGUAAGUUUCUCUACGAUGGACCCAGUGUCUGUCUCUUUAGUCCAACAGCUCAAAAGGUGCCCCCUAGACAGCACAGCCUUAACUUUACACUUACCUUCGCUCCCCAUUUCCAGACUCCCCUCCCAAAACCACCCCCCGCCUUUUAGCAAAAAUCCCUGCGCUUCUUGAUAGACGGUUCCCCCCAGCAAGAGACGGGCCUCCUACCCCUGCCGCCCGAGGAUGGUUUAGGCAGGAUCAGUUGUUUUAUUAAACAAAAAAACAAAAACAUGCACUAUAAGAAACAAGUUACCUAACAAAGCUGUCACAUAUAAAUGCUUAAGCAUGGCAUGCAGCGAAAGAGAAAACUGCCAGAGUUUUAAGGAGGCCACGUUUAUGCUUUCCUAUUAAAAACAGUGCAACAAAAAGAAAGAAAAGGAAACAAAGCACUGAAUUUCCUGAAUUCCCUAAUAUUUUCUCUCUUCACUCAGGUGAUAAACAUUAAGCCCAUGUGAAAACGAGUGCAAGGAUAUGGUGAAGAAAGAGUUAAAAGCACAGACCCAGCUGACAGUCAGCUGAUUGGCCCCUGAUUGACAGCUUCGAAAAGUUUCCUUGUUUCUAUACUAUUAUGCUAAUGAGGGCUGAGAUUGAAGCAACCCAUUGGUCCAGACUUGGAGUCAAUUUCCCAUUUGAAAGCUGACGUCAGGACUGCUAUAAAACUCAGCAAUGCUUUUAAACUCUACUGCUGGAUGAGACCUUUAAAAUGUUUUUCAUCUUCUUGCUGUAGCUUUGGGGUUCCGUUUUUUCUUUCUUUUUUUUUUAAAGAAAAAAUAUUAUUUUGGUUAUCGCGCCGACUUAAUUUCUUCUUCUUUUUUUUUUUUUGGUUUUAAUUUAUCCUUCAGUCUUUUUCCCCUCCUCCUCUUCCCCGAUGAACCUCUUCUCGGUUUGCACUUUGCAUGAAAAAGACCGGAGGAAAGACAUGAUGAAGUGUUAAAAAAUAAUCAUAAAGCCACCUUUGCAGCAACAACAACUAACAAUUCCAGCUGCAGUUUGCCAAGCUGCAACAGAGAGAAACAACCUUUAUGCAAAAGGCGACUAGAACGAGCAACCCGCUCUGAUGCAUCAUCAAUACUAUAGGCUCUGCAAAGGAUAAUAAAGAGAGAGAGAGAGAGAAACAGUCGGUGCAAAUUGGAGCGAAGGUUGCAAGGGGCUGGUGGAGAGAGAGAAGGAAAAUAGAUAUUGCAAAUAAUCAAGCUGGCUCACCCGGUUGCAACUCAGAGCAGUCCCCUCGCUCCUGGUGCGCACCCUUUCUGGAGGACUGUCAGCAGCAAAAGGAUGGCAUCAGAACUGGCAAUGAGCAACUCCGACCUGCCCACCAGUCCCCUGGCCAUGGAAUAUGUUAAUGACUUCGAUCUGAUGAAGUUUGAAGUGAAAAAGGAGCCGGUGGAGACCGAUCGCAUUAUCAGCCAGUGCGGCCGCUUGAUCGCUGGGGGAUCGCUCUCUUCCACCCCGAUGAGCACGCCCUGCAGCUCGGUGCCCCCUUCCCCGAGCUUCUCGGCGCCCAGCCCGGGCUCUGGCACGGACCAGAAGACCCACCUGGAAGAUUAUUACUGGAUGACCGGCUACCCGCAGCAGCUCAACCCAGAGGCGUUGGGAUUCAGCCCCGAAGACGCGGUGGAAGCGCUGAUCAACAGCAGCCACCACCAACUCCAGGGCAGCUUCGAUGGCUAUGCUAGAGGGCAGCAGCUGGCCGCCGCGGCGGCCGGCACUGGCGGCUCCAUGCCCGGGGAAGAGAUGGGCUCUGCCGCCGCCGUGGUCUCCGCAGUGAUCGCGGCGGCCGCGGCUCAGAACGGGGCACCCCACUACCACCACCAUCACCACCCGGCGGGGCACCACCACCACCAGCAGCCGGGCAGCGUGCAGUCCAGCAGCAGUAGCAGCAGCAGCAGCAGCACCGGGGGAGGCGGUGGUGGAGGGGGUCUGCACCACCCGCACCACAGCAGCAGCCUGCAUUUCGACGACCGCUUCUCGGAUGAGCAGCUGGUGACCAUGUCGGUGAGGGAGCUGAACAGGCAGCUCCGAGGGGUGAGCAAGGAAGAGGUGAUCCGGCUGAAACAGAAGAGGAGGACCCUCAAAAACAGAGGCUAUGCCCAGUCCUGUCGCUUCAAGAGGGUCCAGCAAAGGCACGUCCUGGAGUCAGAGAAGAACCAGCUACUGCAGCAAGUAGAGCACCUAAAGCAAGAGAUCUCCAGGCUGGUCCGGGAGAGGGACGCCUACAAGGAAAAAUAUGAGAAGCUGGUCAGCAAUGGCUUCAGAGAAAACGGAUCCAGCAGCGACAACCCUUCCUCUCCAGAGUUUUUCAUGUACCCAAGAGAAUCUUCUACAUCGGUGAUGUGAAAAUGCCUGUUGCCUGAAGUAAAAAAAAAAAGGGCCAUGAGAAGUAUGGACAGGAUUGGAACCCCCAUCUAUCUAUAUACUCCAGUUUGAAUACUAAGGGCCAUUUGCUCUGCACACAGCACUCCCACAUGUUUCUGGGCUUAAUGGGAAGUCUGUGUUCAUAUCGCUUGGCCUCAGAUUAUAUUGUAAUAAGGCAAGAACACAACAUUGAAUAUAUUAACCACUCAUCUUCCAUAGAAACAGCCACAUCCCAUCAACUAUCUCGUUCUUCUGUUCAAACAACAGGAGAUCCUCUCUACAUUCACCAUUCCACUCAUUCCAUCAUACCUUUUGGCUCUGUUUUUACACGUUGGCUGUAUGCUGAAAAUUUAACAGGACCAUAAUGUCAGCGGUACCAGAUCAAAGGCGAGCAACAUAAAAGUUGAAAUAUAUUAUUUAUCUCGUAGUUUGCAUCCAGGAUGCUCUUCCCCUUUUUGUUAUUGCUUAUGUUUUGCCCAUGAUGUUGAGUGAGCUCCCUCUUCGAAAGCCUUUGUCCCCUACAGACAAAUAUUCAUAUUCAUGCAAUCCAUCAGCAUUUAUCAAGCUCUAAAGCUCAGGCCUGUAUUACAUGCACAUCCCAAACUUACAUUGUUUUCAAAAGAAGGCUUGAGUGCUCGAGAAAUGCAGGAUCAGACCCUGCAGUGGUCAUUUUAGAUUUGGAGACUUUUUGGCCGAAGCACAAGAAAUGCACUCAGUAGCCGAAAGAAGCAGUUCAGUUCAUUUGUUCAGUGGGAGAUUUUGUCAUGCUCACCCAGUACUGUGAGUUUCUGUAGAAGCAGGGGGAAAUGUUGGUCUUUGCAGGGGACCAGAAGCUAAAAGGAGAAUUUAUUUGGGACUAUUCCCCUGAUCUGGCUCACGUAUCCUACCCCACAUUUGUUACCCUCUUGGCUUCAUUUGGCGUUCUGCCUGAGUAACAAAUACAGGAUCAGGCCAGCAAUGUUGUUUAAUCGUCAUAAAAACCUUUCCCCUCAAGAUUCAGUAUAAAACUCUGAAAGUUUGCUUUUUUGUCUACAGAUGUUGCCGGUUUUACUUCCUGAGUUACAGGUUGAGAUAAAGUAGACAGUCUGAUUUUGGGGAUCCCCCAAACCUUUUUCUUUAUGCAACAGAAAAAAGAAAAAAAAAAAAAGACCUUGGAUUGUUUUGGGGAUUUUUUGUUUUUUAGCCUGCUGACAAUUGUCAAACGUACAUUCUAGCAAAGGACUGAGGGAACAGCCUCACUGUACAACCAACAGGAAUAAUUUGCAGUCCUCUUUAGAGUGCAGCUAUUCGGAAGAUGUGUCACUUUACUAUUUCUUUAAAAUUUAAUUGGGAUCAGGCGAUGGACGUGUCUCCAAAUUUUUUGGCUGUUCAGGCUGAAGUAAAGCAAUUUAUAAUUUAUAAUCAACGUUUGGUAUCGUGAAACUAAACUGUAAAACCGACUUCAGGGUUCCAGUCAUAAAAUAAAUAUAUGAUAAAUAUUGCAAUGAGGCUUGUGUAGCACAGCUAACAACAGUACAGUAUAUUUUGUUAUAUAUAUUUUGUUCCAAAGGUAAGAAAGAUCUAAAUAAUAGAUUACUGGGAGGUUCUUUUUUUCUUUUUCUUUUUGGUACAAUCAAAUGCUAAGGUGGAUUUAUAGCUUGAGUUAUUAUUUUAAAUAUAAAAUGAAGUAUUAAUUUAUUAAACUCGUUUAUAUAACCACA